AUGGCCCCGAUUCAGUGUAUAAAAGGCAGUCUGCUACCAUCUCCACGCACCGUUGUAACAAAGCACUUCCAUCUUCAGCAUCGGAACCAACGUCCACAUCUCACAAUUACCAAGAUCACUUCAUACACCGCAACGAUGCCUACCUACAUUGUCACUUGCAAGGAGGACGCCACUCCCGAGCAGGUUGCCGAGGCUAAGAAGCAUGCCGAGGAGCAGGGAGGCAAGAUUGGACACAGCUUUGACAUCAUCAAGGGCUUUUCUGUUGAGUUCCCCGAGGACUCUGUUUCCACCCUCGAGAACCACGAGCACGUAAAGGCAGUGGAGAAGGACAAGGAGGUCAAGAUCUGCUAG